GCGGGCUGGCCGCCCUAUCAUCCCGUCGGCGAAUCGUUUGCACAUCACGGUCUCGUACGCUCGGGCGAAUGCUGUUCCCGCGGUACAGCGUAGGUAAUAUUAAAAUAAUUAUAAUGUGGUAACAAUAUAAAAGUAACCGAUAUCAAUAUAUAACAAUGUCGCGAUCGUCAUAAUAAUAUUUUAUUCAACUAUCUACCUGAAUAGGUAAGUACGAAUCGACAGUCAGUUAUCGUAUAUUUGGCUUUGUUUUUACGGUUUUCUCCAGUCAUGAAGACCGACGAAGAAAACGUUAGUUGGACCAGCGAAGGGUCUAAUAAACCUACUGGUACAGACAUAUCACCUUCGUUAAUUAGUGCAAAGGUCACGAGUUCUACUCCCCCAAAUGAAUUCACACCAAACAAGGAUGACAUUUUACCAAGGCCAAAUUCUGUACUGUUCGAGAUGCCAACGGUAAAGCAUUUGUCCACACUGAGCACUUCCGUAAAAAAAUUACCUCAUCAAAUGAAAAGGGAAUCGACAAUUGAAGAGCUACAUAAUACCUGGAGAAAAAUGGGAGCACAAGCUCUUGCUACGACUCUAUCUGCUCUUUACGGUAAACUGUUGGUCGUCAUGGGCAUAGCUUUUCCGAUGUCUGAAGUGAUAUCUACACACAUUCCUCAUUCGUUUUACGAGGGUUAUUACUUGUACCUUUACUUCGGAAGUAUGGCGUUUCUUUUUUACAUGUACGCAAUGCUGCUCAAAGGCAAGCCCACGAUGACACCAGUCAACAAUAAUUUCAAUAAUUCGGUUAGCGAUUCAUUAUCCGGAGAAGGCUCGGAAAACAGCGAUGGAGACUCGGAAUAUUACGAAGACAACGAUGACUUCACGAACACCGGUGCCGUUGAAAUGGACUAUUGGACAUCAUACAACCCGAGAACCCGGAGACAAUCGUCUCACCUUGUGUUGCCUUCUACUUUCCAGCAUUACGGGAGUUUCUAUCUGAGAAUGGGUGCUGUGGCUUUCGGCAUAGGUAGUAUGAUUUAUUCUGGACUUGAAUUCGGUCAGUACUUCGAACUUGAACCAGCUACGAAAUGCCACAACGUGCUUCUGGUGCUCACUCCAGCAACAAGAAUGGCAUUCAUAUUUAUACAAAUGUACUUUAUAUUUUUGAAUGACGAGCAACAAAUGAGGGUGACGCGUCACCGGGUCUUGGCAAAGUUUGGACUCAUGCACAUGAUCGGCACUAAUCUGUCAGUAUGGCUCAAUGUACUCGUACAGGAAACCAAACACGAAAUACUAACAUUUUACAACCCGGCAGACAAUUCUAUCGGUGUCGACAAACAACCAAAUCAUUUUUCACUGUUCAAAAAGUGGACGACCACCACGACUCAGUCACCGGCGUCGGCCAUGUCGUCAGUGGCUGACCGGCUGCGGCGGAGCAUCAACACGGGACCGCACCACAUCUACGAGUGCCGCCGGACGAACAUCAUCGGGUCGCUGGUGCAGAACGCCAGUCCAUUCCUGUUCCCGUGCACGAUCGAGUACAGCCUGAUCUGCGCAGCCAUACUGUACGUAAUGUGGAAGAACAUCAGUCGGGUGCACGCGGACGUGUACCGUCAACGGAAGGCGGAACGGUGUGAAAACUUGGCGCAGAUCACGCACUACCGGAAGUCGCCGCACUAUUACUCGGUGGAUUGCGCGCAGGCGCACAAGGGCCUGUUCGUCGGCAUACUGUUCUUGGUGCUCACCAUCAUCUCGCUGAUACUGUUCUUCGUGCUAAUUUCCCGCCCGGAGCUCAUCACGUUCGCCGUCAUGGAGGUGAAUGUCUGCGAGCUGUCGCUGUACGGUAUGACCACGCUGGCCACCAUUGUCGGCAUGAUGCAGGUCAGGCAGCUGAAGUUCGACGGACUGCGGAAUCUCGAGCUGGACAACAUACUGCUGGUGGGCGCGCAGACGGGCACGUUCAUAUACAGUACGUUCACGAUAAUCAGCGGCCACUUCACCGAGGAGAACAACACGAUCCUGGUGCUGAUCACCGCGUCCGCGUCGCUGGUGCAGACGUUCUGCCAGACGGUGUUCAUACUGGACGCGUCCCGGCGGUCGUGCGUCACGCCCGACCAGAUACGCAAGAAGCCCGGCCGGGAGAUCGUCACGUUCCUGUUGGUCAGCAACCUGGCCAUGUGGGCCAUCAACACGCUGGAGAAGUCCCGGGCCGACUCGCAUCCCAUACAGCUGCACUUCUACGGCCUGUGGGCGUGGACCAUAAUCACGCACGUGUCCAUGCCACUGGCAAUAUUCUACAGGUUCCACUCGACCGUGUGCCUGUGUGAGAUCUGGAAACGGUCGUACAAGAUCAAACCGUCGUACAUGUGAAAGCGCUCACGUCCUCCGCCACUGUGCCACAAAAUCCUUUAAUAUAAGCGUAUAUAAUAUCAAUAAUAUUAUUAUCACAUAUUCGGUGGAGUCGCUUCGGGGACCGGGUCGGGUUCGUUCCCGGUUUGGUUCCCCAGCUCCAAAAUUUCAUUUACUAUUAUUAGUUAUAAAGUAUUUACCAGUUUCGAUAUAAUAUUAUAUAGGUAUACACACGAACGUGUGUAAAUUCUGCCCGAUAUUAGUAGGUAGUAAGUUCCACCUCAAAAUUUUUGUAGAUACAAUUAUUUAUACUCAGAUAAAUAAUAAUGAUUUUAAUAACUACAUUUUUAUAUUGUGCAUAGUUGGUUAAAACCUAAUGGGAACCAAUUCGGUUCACCGUUCACGUGUGAAUGAAAGGUAGAUAUGGAAAUUAUUCAGUGAGAUACUAGAUAGAGUCUCGCCGUCAUAAUCAGUCGUAAAUCAUUCCACAAAAUCUAUAAAUUCAAUUUAGCAAAAUUAAGCCUAUAAUAAAAUGUUAUGAAUAGCUUACACUUUAAAACCUAAUUUGUGUGGCAUAGACGCACCAAAGGUGAUGGAUAGUUUCGUUUUAUUAUUUAGAAAGGUACCUCUACCUAUACUCAUAUUAUGUUCUGAUUACCUACUGCAUUCGUAGAAGAUAUCGAAUUUUACUGAAUUUUAUAUGUUAUUAAUUAUUAUUAUUGAUCAAGUUGUCAGUAAAAAUGAUAUUCAAUUUGAUACAAUAUCUUUUAGUCUUGGAUGAUCCACAUCUGUAGAUGUAUGCAACAAAAUUAUUACGACCAAACUUUGCGAAUGCGUACGUGGGAAAAAAAUAUUCUAAUAUAAAUUAUCUAUUAUUGGAGAAUUGUAAAUUGUUAUUUAUAAAUAAAAUAUUUAUGCAUUCAAAAUUAUUCUCAGUAAUACCUUUUUAUACCUGCUAAUUUUGGAUAUAAUUUGCAACCACCCAUUUAUACGAAACUGGUAAAAUGGUUUUAUAACUUUUCAAAACUACCAUAUAAUUCAUUAUUUCAUUAUAAAUUGGUAGAUUUUGAAAAUAUCAACAUAUUUGGAAAAAAAUAACAGUUUCGAUUUCUAAAAAAAUAUUUAAAUAAGAGUUACCUACGGCAAGGUUUCAAUUCCAAAACCAAUAAUUUUAUUUGGUACGGUUCCAGCUCUUUCAAUAGUGCCUGUGUCUUUACGCUACAACCACCAUAUAGAUUAUAUUAUUGUAUUAUUAUUAUUAAAUUAUAUUUGUUAUAUUAAAAUAAUUGAAUGACUAAUAUAUUAAUAUAUAUAUUAUACAUAUUUUAUGUUAAUAUCGACGCCCCAGUUCAAAACUGCAACAACUCGAGAUAAUACCUAUAACAAAUCCAAGUUUUGUAUUGGUUAAAUUAUUGACCACAAGAGGGUAUUUUCAAUAUUAUAACUUAUAUUACGUUACUAGAGAAACAAUAUAGAAAACACAUUAUACCCAAUAAACCAAUAUUUUGAGCUGUUGCAAUUUUUAACUGGGGCGUCGGUAUAUUAUAUUGUGGUGGACGGUUCUAAUAAUAUUUUAAAUGAAUCGCCCAAGUAUGUAUUUUUACUUAUAAUAAUAUGAAAAAUCUGAAAUAUAUUUCAUAACGUUAAAC